UCCUGCAGAAAAUCAGAAGCUUCAGCCUUCAGUCUUCCCCCACCCCCACCCCACCACUGCCUUCCAUCAUCACCCCCACUAAAAAGAUUUCGAGAAAUAGGAAAAAAACACAUGGUAAAGCUAAACAACGGAUCAAUGGCGAAGGAAUCUCGAGUGCACACCCAUGUUGCUUCCUGUUUUCUCCUAAUAUUCCCAGAUCCCAAUCCUUUCCAACGCACUAGGUGCUCUUCUGGACUCCAAAUCGCUUGCAAUCGCUUGAAUAUUUCCUGUUUAUCUUGAAUCUCUGUUUUGUACUGGAUUUUGGAGCUUGAGUAGCCUGUCAUUGUUAAUGUCCGAUUGUUUUGGGGAUUUUGGAGUUCCGAUUGUUUUGCGCUGAUAAGUUAGGGUUUGGAAGGCUCAGAUUUGAUUUUAUAGAGCUUCGAUUUUGAGCCGCAUUGCCGAUUCAAAGACGUGAAGCAAUCCGAAGAGGCGCAGGGCGAAAUCGAAGAUGACGAGUCGAGGCAGCAGAUCGGAGAAAGUGAGGAAGAUAUUCCAACAAUUCGAUACGAACAGAGACGGCGGUUUGAACCGCGAAGAAAUGGCGGCUCUGGUGGUGGCCGUAAACCCUAGGGUUAAAUUCAGCGAAGAGCAAAUCAGCGCAAUUCUCGAUGAAAUUUUUCGGACGUACGGCGAAUUCAUCGACGGCGAGAAAGGCCUCACGUUCGACGGCCUCCUCCGCACCUACGACGACGGAGCCGGCGACGUCGACCGGGACUUCGACGCCCUCGGCCUGGACCUCAAACACAAGAACGGAAUCUCGCCGGCCUCCGACGAUGAGGCGGCGAUGGCGACGACGGCGGGGGCGUCGUCUUCGUUUGUCGUAAUGGAGCCCCAAAAGAAGCAGCGAACCGCUGCGUGGGCUGCUUCCCCAAACCACGGCAUUGUUUUCGACGAUACAUGGAAGCUCGUCGAUGAUCUCGAGCUUUUAAUCAAAAGGCUGAAAGGAAAGCAGCUCAAGGAUGGGAAGAUUAAGAACGACAAUUCAGAAGUGUUCUCCGAUCCUGGAUGGUCGAGGGAGUUUGGCCCGGCGAGUGAGGCUUUGGAUAAGAGAAUCAUCUGGGACGAAUCCGGGGCCGAUUUCGCAGCAUUUGUGAAAGAGUUAGGUGUCCUGAGGUCUCGAGCUGAUAGGUCGCGGUCGAGAGCCGAGGCUUUCGAUGGCCAAAUGGCGAUCGGGCGAGUCUUAUACGAGCAUUAUUUGUUCAAUGAGGCAUUGAUUAGUUUCAAGAGGGCGUGCGAAUUAAUGCCAUUUGAUGUGAAGCCGCAUUUUAGAGCCGGAAAUUGUUUAUACGUUGUGGGGAGGUAUGGCGAAGCCAAGGCCGAGUUCUUGCUGGCGCUGGAUGCCGCGGAAUCUGGUGGCAAUCAGUGGGCGUAUUUGUUGCCCCAAAUUCAUGUGAAUUUAGGGAUUUCUCUUGAAGGAGAAGGGAUGAUUCUGAGUGCUUGCGAGCAUUACAGAGAGGCUGCGAUAUUAUGCCCGACUCAUUUCCGAGCUUUGAAGCUUUUAGGCAGCGCGUUAUUCGGCGUCGGGGAAUGCAAGGCAGCUGUGAAGGCUCUAGAGGAGGCGAUUUACAUGAAGAACGAUUACGCUGACGCACAUUGUGAUUUGGCUUCUGCUUUGCACGCAAUGGGCGACGACGAAAGCGCUGUAAAGGAGUUUCAAAAGGCGAUCGAUUUAAAACCUCGCCAUGUCGAUGCUCUGUACAAUCUCGGAGGGCUGUAUAUGACCAUGGGUAGGUAUCAGAGGGCUUCCGAGAUGUAUACUCGGGUUUUGAGCAUUUGGCCGAACCAUUGGAGAGCGCAGCUGAACAAGGCUGUCUCUUUGUUAGGCGCUACGGAGACUGAUGAAGCUAGGAAAGCGUUGAAAGAAGCUUUUAAAAUGACGAACCGGGUCGAGCUGCACGAUGCCAUGGCGCACUUGAAGCAGCUGCAGAAGAAGAAGUUGAGUAAUGGCGAGGUGGCUUUUGUUACUGUCGAGCCGUUGAAGUUCAAGAUUGUCGGCGACAGAACGACACCGAGGCCCGCGCUAGCUAUCGCCCUCGACAUUAGAGCUUUUCAGAGGGUCACGAGAUUGAAUCGAUGUGAGGUUGAACUGAUAAAGAAAGAAUUAAAUGACGGAAACAUCCCGAUGACGUAUUCGGCGAGUGGGAUACCCGAAAAAUCGAUACGCAAGGCUUCGUUGGAAGAGAUUCUUCGGAAGCUACUUAGUUUCUUGAAGCCCGAGAGCUUCAUCGGAGCCAUCAGGGCGAUAAAUCAGAAAAUACUCUGCGUAAUGGAUGCCUCCGACUCUGGCCGGGUCGAUCUAGGCAUGUUCUGCGCCGUUCUUGCCCCUCUUUGCAGCGGCCCUUUAGAGAGGCGAAAGCAGGUCGUAUACGACGCCCUCUUAUCCCGACCGGUAAACGAAGGAAAUACGCGGAUAAACAAGGCCGACACCAUAAAGUACCUCAAACUGUUGAGGGCAAUCUACAUCCCAACCGACAGCGAAAGUGAAACAAUGCCGGAAAUCCACGGCGAAGGAGAUAACAUUAACACCCCGAUUUCGAUGGCUGAGUUUGCGACAAUGUUCGAUGAUCCGGAAUGCGGCUUCGGCAUCAUGCCUACGUUAGCGAAGCUCGAGACAGGGGACCGGAUUCGUCACGGGAGCCAUGUCUGCGCGACGUGCCGGUACCCGAUUAUCGGGUCCCGAUUCAAGGAGAUGAAAGGGCAGUUCAGCUUGUGCAGCCAAUGCUACUCGGAAGGGAAAGUUCCCUCAUCUUGCAAGCAGGAUGAAUACAAAUUCAAAGAAUAUGUGCACGAAGCAGAAGCUGUGAAGGACAAAUGUUUGUGGUUUGGAUCCAAUUCUAAAGAAUCAUCCAUCUAAUUUGUUUAUUUCUUACAUCCCAACUCAUUCUAAU